UUUGUUAAGAAAAAAAAAGAUGGUCGAAAAAGGGGAGUAGGUGGGGGCGGUCGGCUUUUGAUUAGUUAAUAAAAGAAACCACACGAGUGACCUACCGAUUCGACUCAACGAGUCUACCGAGCUAACACAGAUUCAACUCGCUCGAGCUUCGUUUUAUGACAAGUUGGUUUUUUUUUUUUUUUUUUAAUUUUUUCAUCUUCUUGGGUUUGGUUGGGUCACUCUUCAGGUCAGGUGUGUAAAAAAGAAAGAAAGAAAAGAGAGAUUGUUGUGUUGUAACCCCUUUGACUAAAAUCUAAUGAACUUUUUUAACACAACAAAACUCCUUCAGAUCUGAAAGGGUUCUUCUUCUCUCUUAGUCUCUUUGUCCUUUUAUUCUCCGUCGUCGUUUCAUGAUCUGACUCUCUGGUCUUCUCUUCUUCUUCUUCUUCUUCUAUUUUUUCUUACUUCGUCACUGUUGUGUCUGAACAUGCCACGCCCUUUCUUCCAUAAGUUGAUUUUCUCAUCCACUAUCCAAGAAAAACGUCUGAGGGUCCCAGAUAAGUUUGUGAGUAAAUUCAAGGAUGAGCUUUCGGUUGCUGUUGCACUCACAGUACCUGAUGGUCAUGUUUGGCGUGUAGGACUAAGGAAAGCUGACAACAAAAUUUGGUUUCAAGAUGGUUGGCAAGAGUUUGUUGACCGUUACUCCAUUCGCAUUGGUUAUCUUUUGAUUUUUAGAUAUGAAGGAAACUCUGCCUUCAGCGUCUACAUUUUCAAUUUAUCCCACUCUGAGAUCAAUUACCAUUCCACCGGUCUCAUGGAUUCCGCUCACAACCACUUCAAACGCGCCCGUUUGUUUGAAGACCUUGAAGAUGAAGAUGCCGAGGUCAUCUUUCCUUCUUCUGUGUACCCAUCACCACUUCCUGAGUCUACAGUACCAGCCAACAAAGGGUAUGCUAGUUCAGCCAUCCAAACCUUGUUCACUGGACCAGUUAAAGCUGAAGAGCCAACGCCAACCCCAAAAAUACCUAAAAAGAGAGGGAGGAAGAAGAAAAAUGCUGAUCCUGAGGAAAUAAACUCAUCAGCUCCGCGAGAUGAUGAUCCAGAGAACCGUUCAAAGUUCUACGAGAGUGCUUCUGCGAGAAAGAGAACCGUGACUGCAGAAGAAAGAGAGAGAGCCAUCAAUGCAGCCAAAACGUUCGAACCAACAAACCCUUUCUUCAGAGUGGUUCUGCGACCAUCCUAUCUAUACAGAGGUUGCAUCAUGUAUCUUCCUUCUGGGUUUGCUGAGAAGUACCUAAGUGGGAUCUCCGGGUUCAUCAAAGUCCAGCUUGCGGAGAAACAAUGGCCUGUUCGAUGUCUCUACAAAGCCGGGAGAGCCAAAUUCAGUCAAGGAUGGUACGAAUUCACUCUAGAGAACAACUUAGGAGAAGGAGACGUCUGUGUGUUUGAGCUGCUCAGAACCAGAGAUUUCGUUUUGAAAGUGACAGCCUUUCGAGUCAACGAUUUGCUUGAGGAUACUGGUGAAAAUGGGAGUAUUGAAGGAAAAUGCAUAUAUAAGAUUGUAGGUGGGAACUGUGGUAGCAGACAUACAGAGGUGAAGCAGUAGAUUACAUAAGAAAACAUCCAGAUUCCCAAGGUGCAGGCACCCGCUCUUACAGCUACAAGGGGAUGCAUAAUUGAAACGAGAGGAAGAUGCAGUGCUGGUCAAAAUCCCUGCAGUAAACUCUAUGGAUCUCUUGCUGAUAUGCGUGCGUUUAUAUUUGCAUAACACUAGGUUAAACGACAAUCAAGGAGUGUAGUAUCAUGAGUAAACAUUUGAUAUGUUUCAACUUUGGAUGCCCCAAAAAAACCACAAGCUUAGCUGUGGUUUUAAAUAAUUUGUGGGUUAUGUUUUGGUCCAAUAUAUGCUAGAUUUAUGCGAAUGGGUAAUAAUGACUUCUAGUUGUUU